AUGCCCUCCAAGCGAUCAUCGCUCCCUCCUCGUCCUCACGGUGCCGCUCGACAUACGAAACGCCUGACCUUGAACUUUCCCAUCAAUAUCGAUCCAGCAGCCUUUGAUCCCAGCGCAUCGGCCUCGCCGUCUGGAUCCAUGACACCCGUGACUCGAUCGUCCGCCGCGCGACAUUCCCCCGUCCACACUAUAACCACCCCUCCAUUCGACGGUCAAGAUGACGGCACGAGUCUGUUGACAGCAAUUGCGUCUCAGGAACGGAGGGUGCUGGAAUUGCGCGAGGAAUUACACCGGGCGGAAGCGGAGCUGGACUCAUUGAAGAAACAAUGGACAACGUCAGAAAGGACAAGGAAACGCACGGAAGUCAACCAUCGCGCGGAGGCUAUGUUACCUCUCAGGUCUCCGGAUAGGGUUGCCACUUCAAGCGCUGCGAGCACACAUAGUAGGGAGACAAGUUUCAGCGGCAGCGUGAGCUCCACAGUCCCGCCUCAAGUUCGACUCAGCCGGGAGUUGGAGCGACGCCAGAGUCUGCUUGCAGCUGCUUCAAAUGGAACAUCUGUGUCAUCGAAUGGUAGACGGGUCUUUCAGGGCUCUCAUACGCGAACUUUGUCCUUGCUCUCUCCCACCACCGGCUCGAUGAGCAGCAAGCUGUCCGAGUCUGGCUCUAGCCAAGUGGAUAGUGAUCGUGUAGGCCGGCCUCCGCGAUCAGCCACCAUGCCAUCCGUUGAUCGGGUUCCUGUCCGCACUCCAACGGCGCCAACCGAAGACAUGGUCACCCAGUGGCGCAAGACCAUGCCAGGGUCUCCUGCGUCUCGGGACACCCUCAUGCGGACUGGCAAGCAGAUGGCGUCGGACCUGCGAGAGGGGCUCUGGACGUUCCUGGAGGACAUCAGACAAGCGACUGUCGGCGACGAAGGAAUCAACGCCACCGAAUCACGCACAAUGCAGCCUCGCAACCGCGACUCCAGCUCGACCUCGCGCAGCCGAGACCGACUUUCCGUGCAAACAGGCAGUGGCAAGGCGUCGUCGCGCUCAUCCUCGGGCAGGAGCCCCGGAACAUCAAAAGCUACUGGUAAAAGCUCCAAGUCGGCGGACAUAGACGCGUCGUUCUGGAGUGAAUUCGGCAUUGAUUCUUCUUCUGGGCAGCAGCGCCCAAACGCUCGCAGAACCCCCUCAACCCCCAGCGGGUCACACAGUCGCAGUCACAGUCUCAAGCCCAGCGCUCCCACCACGCUCGACGCGGACGAAACCUGGGAUGACUGGGAUAAUACGCCGCAGCCAACGCAAAAACCGAAAUCGCACACCCCCUCUUCGAGCCGCUCUACCAUCGAGUCGAGACAGGAUCACUCGCCGGUCACUCAGUUCAGUAGUCCCAGGACCAGCACUAGCUUCGGCGACUGGCGCCACGACAUCCCAGACCCCAGUGUCUCGGAUGGCAUCCCCUGGCCUGCACUGACGCAGGCAGCGCCAUCGAAACUCAACCGGACGGCCUCGAACUUGAUGGCAGAGUGGGAGCGGAGUCUGCAGUCUUCGCCGAACCAUAGUCCCCUGGCUUCUCCUGGCCUUGGCAAGGACAGCAAGAACGACUGA